UUGUCACGUGACCACCCCGGAAGUGACAGUCAACUUUUUCUUGAUGCGGAAGAAAGACAACCAAGCACCAAGCCUUAUGAUUGUAGUUGUUAAUGAAACAAAAGUAGCAGCUAACAAGAAGAAAUAGUUUACAGUUGUAUCUAAAGCGACGGGUUAAAGUUUGACCGACAUAUCUAAAGCUAAUGGCCGGUAGUAAUUUACAGAAAGCUAUAGAUCUCGCCAGCAAAGCUGCAGCGGAGGACAAAGCCAAAAACUACGAAGAGGCACUCAAAUUGUACCAGCAUGCAGUGCAAUACUUCCUUCAUGUUGUCAAGUAUGAGGCCCAGGGAGACCGAGCGGCGCAGAGCAUCAGAGCUAAGUGUGCCGACUACCUGGACAGAGCCGAGCAGCUGAAGGAAUAUCUCAAGAAGAAGGAGAAGAGUCCUCCGGCCAAACCUGUCAAAGAGUCUGACAACAAAGGGGAUGAAAAUGGUGACGGGGACGACGCAGAGAAAAAGAAGUUUGAAAAUCAACUCUCAGGUGCCAUUGUCAUGGAAAAGCCAAACAUUAAGUGGGACGAUGUAGCUGGACUUGAGGGUGCCAAAGAAGCCUUAAAAGAAGCCGUGAUCCUGCCCAUCAAAUUCCCUCAUCUGUUCAAAGGAAAGCGAACUCCUUGGCGGGGGAUCCUUCUGUUUGGCCCUCCAGGAACAGGGAAAUCCUACCUGGCCAAGGCGGUGGCCACAGAAGCCAACAACUCCACCUUCUUCUCCAUCUCCUCCUCGGACCUUGUGUCCAAGUGGUUGGGGGAAAGCGAAAAGCUGGUGAAGAGCCUGUUCACUUUAGCCCGAGAACACAAGCCAUCCAUCAUUUUCAUCGACGAGAUCGACUCCCUCUGCGGCUCCAGGAGCGAGAACGAGAGUGAAGCAGCGCGCAGAAUCAAGACGGAGUUCCUUGUCCAGAUGCAAGGCGUUGGAAACGAUAAUGAGGGGAUCCUGGUCCUCGGAGCCACAAACAUACCAUGGACACUGGACUCUGCAAUCAGGAGGAGGUUUGAAAAGCGAAUCUACAUUCCUCUGCCCGAAAAGCACGCCCGCUCCUUCAUGUUCAAACUGCAUCUGGGCUCCACCCCCAACGAGCUGACGGAGGCCGACUUCAUCACUCUGGGCGACAAGACCGAGGGCUACUCAGGGGCGGACAUCAGCGUUAUCGUGAGGGACGCCCUCAUGCAGCCUGUCAGGAAGGUGCAGUCAGCCACUCACUUCAAAAAGGUCCGCGGGUCAUCAUGGAAGAAUCCCGACGUCGUGGUGGAAGACCUCCUGACUCCGUGUUCGCCGGGUGAUCCCAACGCCAUAAAGAUGACGUGGAUGGACGUUCCCUCGGAGAAACUCCUAGAGGCAGUCGUGUCCAUGCCCGACAUGCUGAGGUCACUGACAAACACCAAGCCCACAGUCAACGAGCAGGACUUGGAGAAGCUGAAGAAGUUUACGGAGGAUUUUGGUCAAGAAGGCUAAUAACACUCAGUCUCUCUACUCGUUAAUAAGAGUGCAACAGGCGAUUAUUGUCUAUGUCGAUUAUGCUUGUGAUUAUUUGAUAAAUUUUUGUGUGUCAAAAAUGUUGGAAAAUGACCAUCACAGGUUACUGGAGCCCAAGGGCUUAACUAAAGUUUUUUUUUUUGAGUGGCAAGG